UGCUGAGCUGUUUGGCUGGGGAGAGAAUCUUGAAUUACUCUCUUUGGGUGUGUCUGUAUUAGAAUUUGUCAUAUUUUUCACCUGAUAGAUAUUGUAUGGAGUACUUUGUACAAAAUUCUGAGCUCCCAUCUUUGUUGUGUCAUGCUCCCACAGCCUUUCUGCAUCUGGGAAUCUCAUAGUACUCUUCAGGGAACAUCCGAAACAUAGAUUAGUGUGAAUGUUUUCGGGGCGAAAAACCCGAGGAGUGACAUCAGAGUUUUGAUUGAUUUCUUGGUGUUGUUUUGGGGAAUAAGAAAGAUUAGAUUCUUCAAGAAUUGAGGGAUUGAUGUUGGGAUUAGCAUUGUUUCAAGAGUGAAGAUUUUGGGAUCUUUAAUGUACUAGGAAAUCCACAAGAAGCCAUGUUGUACCUGGGAUUCUCCAAUUCAGAGGACCACCACAGCACUUGGGUGUUUUCUUUUCUUUUGAAUAAUUGAAGCUCAUCAAGUACUUUCACUUAUUGGGGGCUCUGCUCUUCAGCAUUUGUGUAAAUUAAAGCAAAAUUGAGUAUAAUACAGUUUGAUGUGUGGAUAUAUAGUUCAAUGUUCAUCAUCAGGGCAGUAGAAGAAGCUGAAGAAACGGAUGAUUUCUCGAAUGGAAAGUUCAGUUGCAGCGGUAGCUGGAGGCGUCGGGGGAGCGUUAGUUCUGUUGGGAGUGAUACUAUUAGUGUGUUUUUGUAUGUUUCACUAUAAGAGAUACUCAAACAGGAAUUCAGACACAGCUUCCUCAGAUCCAUCUGCAGUAGCAUUACAGUGGAGCAAAAGCGGGAAGGAGGGUCGUCGGGCUCAUCUCAAUCGACGACGCCAAGGCUGUUUAGGAUGAAAGAAUUGGAGCAUGCCACCAGACACUUUGAUGAGGCUAACCUCAUUGGCUAUGGCAGCUUCGGCCUCGUGUUUAAAGGCCUGCUUUAUGAUGGAACCAUCGUCGCUAUCAAGAGGCGCUCGGGUUCUCCCCGCCCUGAGUUUAGCGAUGAGGUGGCUCAUUUGCAAAUUGUACAACAUAGGAAUGUGGUUAAUGUUCUUGGAUAUUGCCAAGAAAAUGGCUAUCAAAUGCUGGUUUUUGAGUAUUUGCCAAAUGGAAGUGUCUGCAGCCACUUAUAUGGAAGGGAUUCGACGACGAAGCUGGAAUUCAAGCAGAGGCUUUCGAUUGCUACUGGUGCAGCUAAAGGUUUGUGUCAUUUGCACGCGCAACGCCCCCCGGUUAUCCAUGGCAACUUCAACACGGCGAACGUGCUGGUCGAUGAGAACUUCAUUGCCAAAGUUGCAGAUGCAGGAGUGGCUAGGCUGCUAGAGAAGAUAGAUGAUGAUGCAGGGCCAUCUGAGUCGUCGUCGAGCCGGGCAACUGUGUUCAGAGAUCCAGAGGUGGAUCGGAACGGGGAAGGGAGCGAUGUUUACAGCUUCGGGGUGUUCCUAUGGGAGCUCAUAACUGGAAGAGAGGCUUCUCAUAUAGAUGGCUUUGGAUCAAAUGAGAGUAUGUUUCAUUGGGUGGAAGUGCAUCUAAACGAGGAUGAUUUGGUGGAUGAUCGGCUGAAGGGAAGCUUCACGGCGGAGGGGAUGGAAGAUUUCAUCAGGCUAGCCCUGAGAUGCACCGGAUUUCCAAGAAAAGACCGGCCGGCGAUGGAAGCGGCGGUGGCGGAGCUGGAGAGAAUACUGGACAAGGAGAUCAUGCGCACAACUGUCAUGGGAGGAGAGGGCACUGCCACCGUUACUCUUGGAAGCCAACUCUUUACAAAAUAAAAUCAAAUUAUUAAUUGUUUAUUAUAUUUUAGUAGUACUAGGAUUAUAUUAUAUUAUAUUAUUGGUGCCAUUUCAUUUUUCUUUACAUUAUUUUAAGGUUUUCAUAAUGUUAUUGUCGCCGUAUUCGGUGGCCUAGGCGGGUUUGAAGGAACAAUCUCCUUCAAUUCCCGUUAUUUUAUGAUCAUAUUUUUUUUUCGAGUGAAAGGAAAGCAUCGAUGGAAUAGCAGAAAUUGUGUUUUACUAUGUGUCUAUGUAUGAAUUGGAACACCAUUUCUUUUUAGCAGUUUUAAGUUUACGACUACCGUAAGCCAAGUACAUUAUGGUUUGAUUGCUGGCA